AUGCACUUCAGGCUGAUAAAAGACGGAAAAAAGAACGGGAAGAUUGAUGCUGAAAUUGAAGUAGACACCAGCACGCGAGUAGAGUAUGAUCGGAUUCAGCAGGUCGACCAGCUAUUCCGAACGCUUGAAGCAGUGGAAAAGGCCGCGGCACUCACCAGGACUUCUAGUGCCGCUUCCACUGGAAGAACAGAGCUCGAGCCGCCCACGAAGACCACUACAAGAGGCUGCAAAAGGAGUCUAGCGGCCGAGCGAGAAUUAGUUCUCAAUUACACCAGGCAAGCGGCGAGGAGCCUCCUUCUCAUCUCGACGUUGCGCGAUGACGUAAUGUCAGAGGACGUUGAGCAUGAACAGGAAAACUAUGCUACUACAUCAUCGGGGACUGCACCAAAAAUAAAC